AGAGCAAAUGAGACCGAAUACUGAGUUAUUAUGGAACCUACACUAUGAUAAAUAAUUAUUAUCGUAUCUGAAUAGCAUACGUGUCCGUAGUCUUAUAUUGUACUCAUAGAAUCACUGUGAUGCAGGGCGAAUGUUUUCCCCAAAAUAUUUUUUCAAGUGAAUGUCAGUGGCCGGCCUCAGGCAUAAAAGCAACAGCAUGCAGCAUCUUUUGAAAAUUAAGGGAUACUCAUCCUCGCAUCCGUGCAAUUCUAAUUUCAUUUAAAAAAUGAAAAUAGACUUCUAUUUGAUAUAAAUGUUGUUUAUUUGUUCACAUGUUAUUUUUGAUUUGGACAAACAUUAAACGUUUGGCAAAAAUUUAUAAUUUCUAAUCCCACCAUGCUCCAUGUUAAAGCUAACGACCACUCUUUCCUGGAGAUGCUCGCGCUUCUCACCCCGGCAUCAAUCACGCGCAGCUAAGCGCGUUCACGUGCUGUAUCAAGUGUGUGCGAGAUCGACACUGCAACACAGCUCAUUCAAUUUCUAACCAGACGCCGACCAAUUCAAACAGCGAUGGCUUCCGGGGUGACAGUAACAGAUGACGUUAUCACAGUCUUCAACGAGAUGAAGGUGCGUAAGGCACAGGCGAACGAGGAUGAGAAGAAGAAGAGGAAGAAGGCGGUGCUGUUCUGCCUGAGCGAGGACAAGAAGCACAUCAUCCUGGAGGAGGGCCAAGAGAUCCUGACAGGAGACGUGGGUGUCACGGUCCAGGACCCCUACCUGCACUUCGUCAAGAUGCUGCCCCCAGACGACUGCCGUUACGCCCUCUACGACGCCACCUACGAGACCAAGGAGACCAAGAAAGAGGACCUGGUCUUCAUCUUCUGGGCCCCAGAUGGCGCUCCCCUGAAGAGCAAGAUGAUCUACGCCAGCUCAAAGGAUGCCAUCAAGAAGAAGUUCACAGGUAUCAAGCACGAGUGGCAAGUGAACGGUUUGGAAGACAUCAAGGACCGGCGCACCCUUGCCGACAAGCUUGGAGGUUCAUCGGUAAUCACCCUGGAAGGAAGCCCUCUAUAAAUUUAGCCCCAGGCUUCUACUGAAGCCAGACAUCUGAAGGGGUUGGCUGUUCAUUCCAAUAUGGUUGGGAGGAGGGGCAAAGCAGGACCAGGAUCAUUUGUGGGACCGUUGGGGGGAGGGGUAUUGUGGGGGGGGGGGGGGUUGAAAGUGACAGUUUUCAAAUUCCACAAAUGCAGCCUGUCAUUCCAGUUCACAUGACAUAAUGAACACGAACAAAACGCACACUAAAAAAAGCAAUAAAAAAAAAUAAAAAAUUGAUGAAGGAUGAUGAUGAUGAUUAUGAAGACUAAAUAUGUAAAUGUUUGAGGACAUGGUUUUGUUCUGUCGUCAUUCUAGUGGAAUCCAGAUCACAGAGAAAAGGGACAGGGCAACAACUGUUACAAUUCCAACUUGGCUCCAGCAAGAUAAUUUUCUUAAUUAUACAACUACCUUUUUUUUGCCAAACUUCUAGUUAAGUUUUCUAAGUGUGUGUAGUUGAGACUAGGUGUAGUACAAGACCAUUAAUGCUUGAUCGAUUGCAUGUGACGCAUCGACGUUCUCCGGGGGAGCACGGUUCAUUUGGGGGUGGGGGGGUUGAAAAUGCAAAUUACAUGACUUUUUAAGUGAGUCCAGUUAUUUUUAUUUCCAGUUCUGAGUUAAAAUAAAUAAACCAUGGCAUUGAUGUAGUAAUUGAACACAUUCCUUAUACAACAGGAUCUGGUGGGUUUAAAGUGUGAAGGUAAGAUGGGGGUGACGUAUUUGAACAGCCUGUGUUCAGAAUUUAGACUGGUAUUGAAUGGUGGAUGUUUUGUAUCGUCUCCUUAUCUCUAAUAAAAAGGCACUAAACGAA